CUCGAUGACAGUGACGUUCUCAGUAGACGAUCACAGCCCAAAACGCAGUUGUUGACUGUCAUUGAACAACCUUUUUACACAUUCUGCUGCUUGUGGCCUCUUCUCGCACAGACAGUCUGCUCCAGAGACCUUCUUGGGGUCAACCUGUGUUCUAGUUCGCAUUGGACUUGCAGGACCGGACCUCACCAAGCUCCUCAACUGACCCAACAAUACACAUAGUUGAAACCUUAACAUGGACAAUUUCGAGGACGAGAAUCCGUUCGAGACUGAUGUUGAUCAUGUACCCUCCGAGACAUCAUCCACAUCAAAGGUGAACAUAUCUGCGCCUUCUUCUCCCCGCCAUCCCGCUCGGGUGCUCUCACCGACAAGCCCAACACCGAGUCGUCCAUUUCCUUCCUCUGGAACCAACAAGCAUCCACAGACAACACACAAGAGUGACUUUUGCUGUGGACGGGAUCAGUGGCUGCAUUCUGGGGAGGACCUCGAGAUUCUUAUAACGGAUGCGCAGAAGACGUCUUUGAACUCGAACACGCCCUAUAUUACCUACGUUAUUCGUGCAGGCAAUGCGGAAGCGAGACAUCGGUACUCGGAAUUCGAGUCCCUGAGGUCAAGCCUCGUGAAGCUGUAUCCGACCAUCAUCAUUCCACCAAUUCCAUCAAAGCAAACUAUUGGUGACUAUGCCACGAAACAGGCAAAGGCCAAAGAGGAUGCUGCGAUGAUCGCACGGCGGAAGCGAAUGUUGCAGACGUUCCUGAAUCGCAUCGCUAGGCACCCCAUCUUGUCGAACGAGCAUGUAUUCCAUCGCUUUCUCGACGGCGAGGUAUCUUGGAUGGAAGUGCUGCAUUCACCUCCUUUGUCCCUCCUUCCGAAGAACAUUCUCAAAGCACCUUCGCACAACCCGACAGAUCAGAGCGCCGCCGCCGCUUAUGCCGCACUUCCAAAUCCAUCAGCAACGCACCCAUUGAGAAACCCUGAUCAGCGGUCCGUAGACUCUGAGAUAUUUACCAACAAAUUCGCAAACCAUCUCAGUGGACCGAUGGAGAAGGUCACUCGGAGGACCUUGAAACGAUGGUCAGAAAAUGCUCAGGAUUACUCAGAACUUGGCGCUGCUCUAAACGGAUACAGCUUGAACGAAAGUGGCGCACUGGCCGCUGCUAUGGAGAAGACGGGACAGGCUGUUGACACGACGUAUAUGUCAACAACUAGACUUCUCCAAGAACUUGAACAGAACUUUUCCGAGCCUCUCCAUGAGUAUGCGCAAUUCGCCGCGAUCAUCAAGAAGCUGCUCGCGUAUCGCCACCAAAAGCACGUUCAAUACGAGAUGACCCAGGACACGUUGGAAAACAGGCGCGAGAUGCUAGAAGAAUACGAAAAGAGUGAACGAGAGGCGAAGAGGUUGGAUGAGGCGUUGUCUAGAGGUCGCGUUAAUGGCCUGCGGUCGCCGGGCAGUCCUGCCGAGGGCGAAGAAGGUCCAAGCCAGCCUCGCGAUGAGGCUGAGGAACCAGGUUCAGCGUACCUACCUCCGCACCCAGGUCCCAACCCAUACAAACGGCGAGCACCAGGUAUGGGCUUUUUGAAUGCUUUGAGCUUCACGCUCCACGGGAUGAUGGACGUUGAUCCCGAAACGGCGCGUCGUAGUGGUAUCAGCAAGACGCGGGAGACCAUCUCACAUCUGGAAGAUGCGCUGCACCUCUCAGCACAGGACCUCAAAUAUUCGAGCUCGACGAUCCAGGCCGAUCUAGAUCGCUUCCAGCGUCAGAAAGUAGCCGAUUUACGGGAGAUGACUAUCAGCAUGGCAAGAAUUCACAGGGACUGGUGCAAAAAGAACCUCGAGGCUUGGCAAGCGGCGAAGAAGGAAAUUGAGAAAAUUCCAGACCAUCCGAAUAAGAGACCUCCUUCACCAGAAGUACGUCCUGUACCUGGCCCAUCGGGCUUACGGAGGGACUCGACUGCCACAGUCAAUGGGCGGUGAUAAUGAGAUAUACACGAUAUUACUAUCAGGCGUUCGUUGUUUUUUCUUUCGAACACCACCUUGGGGAACGAUGAUUCCCUCGUACUGUGGCCGGGAUUUUUUUCGGUCGUAUUUUGAUUUUUUUUUCCGUCUACACACCGUUGAACGUUCUUUUCUCGAAUCAUAUUAAACGCUCUGGAAUCUAUUUCACCCCUGAAUUUUUAUGCAAUGGCUCCGCGAGUCUUCGCGAGAUAUUUUAUUCAAUCGCUGGGAUGAGCGCUUACCAC